GACCGAUGUCCACUGACCUAUGUCCACUGCUGGACAUAGGUCUCUUCCAUGAACCUCCAAGCACAACGGUCUCGAGCCUCCAGCAUCCAGCGGCUCCCUGCAACCCUUUGUCACCGCAAUGUCCUCGGUCAACUAGUGUUAACGAGCGCAGUGUGUAAUGAGUCUUGCUGUUCUGUGGUUCGAUGUCUUGCUGUUCUGUGGUUGGAAGGGGAGGGAACAGUGAAGGAAAAACAUCGUGAGGAAACCUGCAUACCAAAGAAUUUUCUUAAUUUUCUGCGUGUGUGAAGUCUGCCAAUUAGUAUUGGAUCAGCGUGGUGGACUAUUAGCCUAACCCCUCUCAUUUUGAGAGGAGACUCUAGCUCAGCAGUGAGCCGAAUAGGGGUUGAUAAUGAUGAUAAUUACAUAAUUAUAUUAUUAUACCAAAGUUACCACAAUCUAUUUAUUUAUGUAUUCGCGGUAUACGGGGUCAAAAUAUAGCAUUAUAACACUUACAAAUAACGAGGCUUAAGGCUUUUUAUUAAAUAAAUAAAUAAAUAUUUUUUUUUAAAUAUACUUAAACAAUAUAUACUUUCUAGCCCCAAAGUAAGCAUACAGAGCAGCUUGUGUUAUGGGUACUAAGUUAAUAAUUAAUUAGUCGUAAAAUAAUUUUUAAACUUGGUUAAGUAUAUCCAGAUAUUAACCCUAUAACCGUACAAACUGUACUCUUUAUAACAUUAAGCAAGAACUAUAAAAGUACGUACCUACUCGUAUAUGGCAAAACGAAACGUAAUACGAGCUGUAUCCGAUUACUAAGUCAAAAUUAUUAAUUAUAACUACCCACAUUUUUAAGUGUUUCUUAAAAUCCAUGUUCAAUCGUGUCUCUGUCAUUUUUACACUAAAGUCCAAUCGUUAACACUGUGCUGCAAUAAAUAUGUGAAAUUAUAAGACUAAUAAAGUUCUAACAGUGUUUUUUUUAAUUAAACUAACGCCUAUUUAUACAAAAUGACUUUAAUGAAGUUAGUUAUUAGUUUUGUGAAGUUUAAUUUUAUUUUUAUAGCUUUGAGUUGCAUAAGAAGUAUUGUGAGUGAACCAUAUGGUACUUCUUUGGGUGGCCAUUAUGGGGUGAAUGACCUUAAUGAGCACGUACACAGUACGGAGGCGCCGUGUGAUGUGUGUCCGCGGCACGGCGUAUGCGUGCCUCCCGUGCAGUGUCCCGCGCACGUGCGCCCCGGAGCGCGCAACCCGCGGUGUCACCUGGAAACGCAGAUCGGUGUGUGCUGUUUCACUGGAGUAAGUCACGCGGGUAAGUAUUGGCAUCGUAAGAGAAGCAAUCGUGCGUCAAUCAACGUGGAAGAUGUGAAGGCGGCGCACAACCAGUCGCGACGCAAGCUGCAGAUGUGGCUGCUACGAGCCGAAGGGCUUCAGAAGGAGCCGUACGCUGUUGUCAACGUUACUUCUCCGAGCUAUGGACACCAUUUGUCUCUGGUAACAUACGACGAAAGAGCACAGAGAUUGGGGCGCGGAGCAUUGCUGAAUCUCUUUGCUGCGCAGGAGUUGAAGUCUAGACAAGCCCUGACUGAUGAUGAGUUGGCUUUGAGAUUCACGGAUCAUACUGAUGGACCUUACUGCCCGCCGAACCCGCCAUGUCCUGAAGUACCCAGCAAAUAUCGGAGCGUUGAUGGCAAUUGCAACAACAAAGACAAUCCAAGCUGGGGUGGUACCCACACUGGCUAUGGUAGACUGCUGGCGCCGUCCUAUAGUGAUGGUGUUUGGGCAAUCAGGAUCUCAGCAUCAGGGGAACCGCUGCCUUCGGCGCGAGCGGUCAGCACCGCGCUCAUCCUGGACGGCAACCACCCUAGCAGUAACCACAACCUGCUGUUCAUGCAGUUCGGCCAGUUCGUAGCUCACGACAUCAGCACUGGUGUGGUAUAUACUUUGGCUAACGGCAAGCCCAUUUCCUGCUGCGAUGGCAACGGCGAAGCAGUUCUUCCUCCAGAGAUGCAGCACUGGGCGUGCGCUCCUAUUGUCCUGGAUGAAGAUGACGUCUUCUACGGCCAGUUCAAGCAGCGUUGCAUUAACUUCGUCCGGACUCAGCUUGCACCAGACUUUGACUGUUCUGUUGGUUAUGCUACGCAGAUGAACGGCGCAUCUCACUACCCAGAUCUGUCGCACCUUUACGGUAGCUCUGUGGAGAAGAUGUCUCAGCUGCGCGCUCCGGGGGGACUGCUGGCUGUGUUCAACGACUAUGGGCGGGAACUGCCUCCGCUUACCCACAGGAAGGAGUGCUUGAAUGUGCACGACGGAGCCGCUUGCUUUGAAUCAGGGGAUAACCACGGGAACCAGGUGAUUUCUCUAACAGUCCUGCACACUAUCUGGACUAGAGAACACAACAAGAUUGCCCGAGCGCUGUCCGCUUUGAACCCUGGCUGGGACGAGGACACCGUCUUCAUGGAGACCAGGAGAAUAGUGCUGGCGGAGUUCCAGCACAUAAUCUAUAACGAGUGGUUGCCUUUGUUGCUAGGUUCUAAAAUAAUGCAAAUGUAUGGCCUAACACCAUCAGCUGGUUACGCUCUAGCGUAUGACCCAGAAACAAACCCCUCCCUGUCAGGAGAGUUUGCCACCGCCGCCAUGAGGUUCGGACAUUCCGUAGUCGACAGCCAACUAACAGUACUGAGUCGCCAGCGCAAAGGAGUGUACGAAUCAAUAUCUCUGCCUGAGGUGAUGUUCCAGCCGUCCAGACUGCGCAUCAAGCCUUUCCUAGAUAGGCUUCUACUGGGGCUUAUGUGGCGACCCAUGCAAUCGGUCGACCCGUUCGUUACUGAGGCUCUUUCCCGCUACAUGUUCCACGGUGGCAACCCCUACGGCCUGGACCUGGCCGCCAUCAACGUCCAGCGCGGCAGAGACUACGGCAUCCGCUCCUACAACGACUACAGGAAGCUGGUCGGCUUGCAGCCUCUCGCUGACUUCCACCAGCUUGCACCAAGCGCCGCUCGAAGACUUUCCUCAGUAUACGCCAGCCCAGACGACAUAGACUUGUGGGUGGGGGGGUUACUAGAAGAGCCUGUAGAAGGGGGCAUCAUCGGCACCACAUUCGCAAAUAUAAUAGCCGAUCAGUUCACGAAGCUGAAGAGGGGGGAUAGAUAUUACUACGAGUAUGGACCUGAUGUCAAUCCUGGUGCAUUUACUCCUAGUCAAUUGGCAGAAAUAAAGAAAGUCACUUUGUCAAGAAUUCUAUGCGAUAACAGCGAUGGAAUAGAAAUAUCUGCUGCAUCACCAAACGCCUUCUUUAGGAGUGUACCAGGGAAUGAACCAGUGCCGUGUGAUAGUCCGUUAAUAGCAGCGAUGGAUUUAUCAAAAUUUAAAGAAUAAAUAAUAUUAAACAAAAGUAUAUCACGAAUAUUUUUUGGAAAAAAAUCGAGUUAGUAUUCUAUCACAGAUUUUGUAUCGGCAAGAGGGUUGUUAAAUAUAAAUUUAGUAACAGUUGCUUUUAUUAGUUUCUUUACUUUCAUUCUGUCAUUUUCAUUUUUUCUUUUCUUUUUAAGUUUUUCUUGCAAUUUCAUCUAUUUUAUAUCAAUUAUUGCAAUGUAAUGGUUUUACAAAAGCGUUAAUUCGUUUUUUUACAUCUUUUUUUGUACCUUUUGUAAUUGUUAUCAUUAGAUUGUAAUAAUUUUACUUAAAACUAUAUAAAAUUAAAAGAUUUUAACCAUUAAACAAUCUUGUCCAUUAUCAAUUAGGCUCAUUUCGUUAAAUAUUUUAUUGCUUCUAAUGAAUUACAAAAAUUUUAAUAUGUAUUCUUUUUCUCGUUUCUAAACUGUAAUUAAAUUUAUCUUUAACAAGGGUUGAAGUUGUACCUGUUUUAAUGAUUUUUUCAUUUAAAAAAUCCAGGAAUCGGGGGUAUUUUGAGAAGGGGUGAUAGUGCAUUUAAACCAGCCAUGUGCGUGUUUAAUAAGUUUUAUUUCUGUCUCUUGGAUUAUUUUGUUAUUAAUGAAAAGCUAUACUGCUUUCCCUGGUACACAAAAAAAUCAAUUAAAGUACAAACAGAGCAAAGUAACUCUAGUUGUCUUCUUUGUCUUUUAAAAUUGCGACUAUAAUAACAGAUAUUAUAGAGUUAGUUCUAGUUAAUUUAAUUACAACUAGGCCAAUAAGAGCGAUGCUGCCAUGUUGUUUAGAUAAAUGGUAAUUAAAUUAAAUGAAUAUUUUUAUAUCGCUGAUAAACUAUUUUUUAAUUAAAUAAUAAAUUUAUUGUACAUUUUGAUGUCUAUAUUAAUGGUAACGGUAUUUUUUUUAUUAAUGUAUGCUUUUGUUAUGAGUUUUAUGAUUUUUUUUUGCUUGUUUUUUUAAUUGUUUUUAUUAAAACUCAUUAACGAAAGGAUAAAUUUUGUAUGUAAUAAAGUUUUGAAUACCGUAAUAAUUAUUAUAAAAAAUUAUUUUCUUAGCAUAGUGAGAAAUAUAAUUUAGUGAUUUUUAUCAAUUAGUGUAAGUACCUACUUAUAAAAAUAAAAUAAAUAUGAUCAAUAGAAUAUUGUGUAAUAAAAUAAUAAAUGAAUUAAAAUAAA